AUGUUCUGGAGAUUUGGAUUCCACAAUGCUUCCUCAAUCGACGCUUUGCUGGAUAGGGAGGACAUUUCUUUAGAAGCUAUCCUCGACGAAGACGAAUUGCUGCAGGAGUGCAAGUCUCAGAACACUAGGCUCAUCGACUAUUUCCAGCGUGUCGACGUGUUGCAGCGCCUCCUGGGGUACGUGACGGGGCAAAUAGAAGGGGAGGACCGAGGGAGAUUCAAGUAUCCCUAUGUCGCUACGGAGGUCCUCUGCAGCGAGAUAUGGUCCAUCGUCGAGACCUGCGUCACUCAUGCGGACCAGCUGCUGACGCCGUUCUGGGAGGUGGUCCUGGACAGGCCACCCGACGAUAUGAAGACACAGAUGGUAAUGGCGUCCCAUUUCGCAAAAAUUAAUGCUACGUUUCUGAGCAAAAAGCCCGCGGAGAUGCUCGCCUUCAUCCAAGCGCAGCCCGCGGUGGUCGAACGGUUGCUCCGCCACAUAGAAACGCCCGCGUUCGCUGACCUCCUAGUCCGCAUAAUCCAAUUGGACGAAAUCCCCGCUGGUGCGGGUGUUCUCGAAUGGCUGUCCCAGGAGAAUCUCAUGUCACGUUUAAUUGAUUUGCUCUCCCCUGCAUAUAGCAGUGACAUGCACACGGUGGUCUCUGAAUUGAUCAAGGGUAUCAUCUCCAUGGCCGCUCCGUCCCCUGGAGCAGGCGUCUCCGACGGAAACAACGCCCCGCCAUCCAAUCGUUUUGCACGCGAACUCGCUCAUCGUGACAGUGUAACCAAAUUGACCAGUUACAUCUUGUGCAAGUUUCCCCCAGCGCCCUCAGAAAACGGGCCCAACCAAGAGCCGCACAUGGAAGAUGAUGACUGCGCGGCUACUCUGCCCAGUUUAGAGUCUGCCACUUCUUCGGUCGUGCAGUCGAUUUGCAUCAUCAUCGAGCUCAUACGACAGAAUAACUCCGAUUAUUUCGAGCCUUACCUCUUCCACACACUACGGAAUCGCCUCAUUCAAAUUCAACAGCACCUACAGAUGAAUACGGAUGGCGGGCGCGAGAAGCUAGAGCAGGCGAUGAAGGAGAUGGUCAACCGCAUGGGUGUCGUGCAUCUCGGUCCAGUCCUGGAGAUCAUGUGCGACCAUUUAGAUGAGCUGCAGCAAUUUUUGCUGCAUCCAAGGUCUCUGGACGGCCCUAUCCUGACUACUGUAGGUUCGCUUAAUCCGCUCACUUUCGAGCGCUAUCGGAUAUGCGAGCUCUAUGCGGAGCUCCUGCACUGUUCUAACAUGUCACUGCUAAAUCGUACUAGGGAUUAUGAUCAUCUGUACGACUCCGAGGGCCGACUCCAAGGCGGUCUCUCUGCGCUCGAGGAAUUGGCGCAAGUCAUAGCUAUUGGCUCCGGCGGUGAAAACGAUCAAGAUUCCAUGGACGACGAGGCGGAUGAGGUUGAGCAUACCCAUGACUUCCCAAUUUCAAACGCAUCCCACGACACCUCUUCUUUGAUCGACUCGGACGAGGACAUGAGCGGCGACGAUGAACCAGGCAGCUCGGACGACGAUGCCAUGGAGGAGAUUGCCAUGUACGACGAGCCUCGACCCAUGAAUACCAGCCCAACCAUCACGGAAUCUCCUCUUGAGCGUCCACCAGCAACAGUGCUGUCAUCAUCACCGAUUGCAUCAUCGUCACCUUCAACAUCGGAUAUCGCCGCCUUUCCGCAAUACAGGCAGAACUCGUGGAACUCGAACUCAGAUUCCGAUUCGCCCUCAAGACCACGCUCCAGUAGUUCUCGCCGCAGCGUCCGCAGAGUCAACACUAAUGAUACUCCUCCUGGGCCUCCUGUCCUCGGUGAGAGACUGAAACAGCGAUUUUUGCAGGCUAACGUGAUGUCGACGCUCCUUGACCUGUUCUUUGACUUUCCGUGGAACAACUUCCUGCACAGUGUUGUAUAUGAUUUGAUCCACCAGAUCCUAACGGGCCGUAUCGACGGUGGAUACAAUCGGGAACUCACCGUAGCACUCUUCCGCGAUGCACGGCUAAUGCACCGGAUCAUCGAGGGCUCAAAGCGGAACGACGUUGAGAGCGCAAAACCGAAAGGGGUGCGGCUGGGGUACAUGGGUCAUCUCACCCUCAUAUCCGAAGAUGUUAUCGGCGCCCUGGAGCAUUUCCCUCCUGAUCUUCGUCUGCUUGCAGCUCAGUACGCGCCUCAGCCUGAGUGGGACGAGUAUGUCACCGGCCGCUACAAGGAGACGAAGAAGAAGGAUACCAGCCUGUUGGGAGGUGGCAAGCCUGUGCUGGCUCCUGGCAUGAGGAGUGGGCCAGCAAUGCAGUGGAGGGUGGACGAAGCAGAUGCUGACAGUCAAGUAGUCGUACCUUCAGAUGACGGCGGAGAUAACAACCAGCAGAUGAAGAGCGAAUUUCGACGGACUCCGAAGAUCCGAGAGGGUAGCGCUGAUUUUGGCCCGGCCUCUAUGGACGACGAGGACGACGAAUUUUCGACAGCGGGUCCUCCCCACUUCGCGCACUAUCUCGCUCAGGAGAUGCAGUCUGCGGAACACUUCGAGUCGUCUGAUGAAGCGUCGGAUGAUGAGGAAGAGGAUAGUGGAUGGUUGGCACAUUCGACGUUCGACUUGCCUUCGCCUCCUGUCUCAGCGCGACAGCAUAUCAACAACGGUCGGAGACCAUUAAGCUCGAAUGGCUUCGAUGACUCGUUCGUUCCUGCUUCCUCGCCUCACAGCGCCUUCGAAGAUCCCUUCGAAGACGAUGCGUUUGGACCCUUCUCCGACUCCGCUGCAGCAAGUGGAUCAGAUCCUUUCACGUUCCCUUCUCCUUUCGGAGAAGACUCCACGGAAACUUCGUCAUUUGACGACAACUUUGGCGACUUCGGUGACUUCCAGAGCGCAAGUUCUGGCUCAGUCGAAGGUGAAGGAACUCAAACACCGACAGGGGCGGACAGCUGGAGCUUCGCGAGCAUAUCCAGCACAGGCUCAUUUGACGACAGCGCGGCAGAGCGCCGGGCAGGGGAUGCGGCGAGUGAGCAGAGCGAACGGACUGCGCAAGGCGGCUGA